AUGGCGAAAUACAAGCUAGGAUACAACGCAAAGGCCCGAGCCGGCUCGCUGAAGAAGCAGCAGGAGCUCAAGGCCGCCAAGCAGAAAACCUGGGUCAAGAAGCCUACAGCAGAGGAGGAGGAAGAAGACGCCAAUGCCGAGCUCAUGGUGCCCAAGAGUGAGGCCGAGAAGGAGGCUCGAAAGAGAAAGCUCCAGGAAGAGCUCACACCUACGGAGAGCAAGAUGACUUCAAAGAAGCGAAAGCGUCUAGACAAGUACAUUGAAAAACAACUCAAGAGAGAAGAGAAGAAGGCAUUGUUUUCCGAGUUUGCUGCUCGAAAGGGCACCUUUGAUACAUCUCAGCUCAAGUCUAUGAAACACAUGGGUGACAAGGAAACCAAAAAAGCCCGGAUCGAGGAAGCUUUGCGUCUGGAGAAACUGGGUCUCGGUAAUGAGGAGACCAAGGAGAUUCUGUACGAGAAACACGAUCACGAAGAGUGGGAUGACGAGAAGCAUUCUCAUCUCCUGACUGAGCUGGAGCGAAAGGAGAAGCAAAUGGCCGAAGAGGAAGAGCAGGAGAACAAAAGCUCAUUCAUUGACAUGCGACCCAAGGCUGGUGGUGGUUUCGGUUUCCAGAACCUGGCCAAGGUUUCCAAGCCCGCAAAAAACUCUUACUCUUGGCGAAAGAAGCUCGAGAUUGAGCGUGCUCGAAAGAACAAGAAGGACUACGUUAGCUCCGGGGAGGACGACGAUACCGAUUCUGAUGAGGAGGAUUCUGACGAAGAUUCAGACGAGGAUUCGGAUGAGGAGUCUGAGGAGUCAGAAGAGGAAGGCACCAAAAAAGUGAAGGUGGCUGCCGAGGAGGAGAUCGAGGAAGAUGUCGAGGAAGAGGAAGAAGAAGAUGAAGACGAGCAGGAGGAGGAGGAUGAGGACGAAGAUGAGGACGAGGAAGAGGAAGACGAGGAAGAUGACGAGUAUACCGAAAUCGUCACCAAAAAGUCAAAGGGUUCUUCUUUCAAGGAAUGGAUCGAUGAACAGUCUGGACCCAAGUCUUCCAACAUCGAGGAUCUCUCGCAUAUCAAGAUCAAGAAAGAAAGAGUGGACAGAGACGAGGACCGCCUUACUCCUCCUCCCGAAGACAUUGCCCAACCCGAGUACGCCAAAAGAAAGGCCUUUUAUGUCAACGUUCAGCGAGACCCUGAAAUCCAGACCUCCCGAAUGAACCUUCCUGUCACCGGAGAAGAACAGAGAAUCAUGGAAGCCAUUUUCAACAACGAUUGUGUCAUCAUCUGUGGUGAAACUGGUUCAGGUAAGACUACACAGACUCCUCAAUUCCUGAUCGAGGCGGGUUUCGGAACGAAGGGUAGUGACUACCCUGGUAUGAUCGGUGUCACCCAGCCUCGACGAGUGGCCGCCAUCUCUAUGGCGCAACGUGUUGCUAACGAGUUGGGUAACCAAGGUGAUAGAGUUGCCCAUCAGGUGCGAUUCGAUGUCACCGUGAAGGAUAAUACAGCUCUCAAGUUCAUGACUGAUGGUGUGUUGCUGCGAGAACUGUCCCAAGACUUUGCUCUUACCAAGUACUCUGCUCUGGUAAUUGAUGAGGCCCAUGAACGUAACAUCAACACUGAUAUUCUCAUUGGUGUGCUUUCUCGAGUUCUCAAGUUGCGAAAGGAGAUGUUCAACGAAGGCAAGUGCGAGUCUCCCCUCAAGCUCAUUAUCAUGUCUGCUACUCUGCGGGUUUCCGAUUUCACAGAGAACAAGACUCUUUUCCCAGUUCCUCCUCCUGUUCUCAAGGUUGAGGCCCGACAAUAUCCCGUUUCUGUCCACUUCAACAAACGAACAACUUACGACUACAUGGACGAGAUCUACCGAAAGACCUGCAAGAUCCACAAACGACUGCCCGAUGGUGGUAUUCUGAUCUUCCUGACUGGCCAAAACGAGAUUGUUAACGUGGUCAAGCGGCUUCGGAAGGCCUUCCCUGAUCGAACUAAGGUGUGGCGGCCCAAGGACAAGUCUGAGGAUCUCCAGGUCAAGGUGUCUGCCAAUGAGACUGUAGUGGAGGCCGAGGAGGUUGAUUUUGGCGCCGAUAUGCGACAACAGGACUAUGCUGCUGUCGAGGGAGAGUCUGAGACAGAUGAGGAGGACGGAGAAGAAGGUUUCGAAGAGGAGCUUGCUGUCGAGGAGCGAAAUGAGUCUGCUCCUCUGCACGUGCUUCCUCUUUACUCUCUGCUGCCUACCAAGGAGCAGAUGAAGGUGUUUGAGGAGGUUCCUGCCGGCCAUCGACUGUGUGUCGUUGCUACUAACGUUGCUGAAACUUCGCUGACCAUUCCUGGUAUCAGAUAUGUGGUUGAUUGUGGUCGAGCAAAGGAGCGAAAGUACGAUGAAGAGACUGGUGUUCAGUCCUUUGAGGUUGAUUUCAUCUCCAAGGCUUCUGCCGAUCAGCGAGCUGGUCGUGCCGGUCGAACUGGUCCCGGUCACUGCUACCGUGUCUUCUCAUCUGCCGUCUAUGAGGAGUUCUUCCCUCAAUUCUCCAUCCCCGAGAUUCUCCGAUGCCCUGUUGAGGGCAUUGUUCUGGAGAUGAAACACAUGGGUAUUGACAAGGUGGUCAACUUCCCCUUCCCCACUCCCCCCGACAGACAGUCCCUGGCCAAGGCCGAGAAGCUGCUGGAGUACCUAGGUGCCCUCAGCAACACUGGUGUUAUUUCUGAUAUGGGUAAGCAGAUGUCUCUGUUCCCUCUGUCCCCGCGAUUCGCCAAGAUGCUCAUUAUUGGUUCUCAGCUCGAGUGCCUGCCUUACAUGGUUGCCAUUGUUGCUGCUCUCACAGUUGGAGAUCCCUUCAUUGGAGAGCACGAGCUUGGCAUCAAUGAGAAACCACAGAAGCCCAAGGUUGAGGAGGUUGAUGAAGACGGAGACCGGAUUAAGAGCAACGAGUCUGACUCCGAGCCCGAGGACAUUUACGAGAUUGAGCGAAAGCGAAAGCUGCGAUCCAGCUACCAUAAGGCCCAGGCAAAGCUGGCCUCCCUGGACCCUGCAUCUGACGCUCUGAAGCUGCUCUCUGCCGUCUGCGCCAUGGACUACGAUUCCGACCUGGAGAACUUCUGCAAGGGCUUCUUCCUGCGACACAAGCUGAUGGAGGAGAUGCGAAAGCUGAGACAGCAACUGAGCCGAAUCGUUGUGGCCAACUCCGACCCUCGAGCAGCUCCUAUGCUCAAGGAACAGUUGAAUGCCAAGCUCAAGCCUCCUUCUAAGCUCCAGAUCAAGGCUCUCAAGCAGAUGAUUGCCACUGGUUUUGUUGACCAGGUGGCUCAGCGUCUGGACAAGGUCAGCGAGGACUACAAGCUCACUUCUCGAGAGCGAAUCAUCAACGUUCCCUACCAGACUCUGUUCCCCACCUCCACCACCAACAAGAAGACUGACGACCAAGGAAACCCUCUGCCUGACGACACUCAGGUGUUCAUUCACCCCGGAUCUGUCAUUAACACUAUGGGAACUCAUCCUCCCGAAAUGUUGGUAUUUGCUUCCGUCAACCGAUCGGGAUCUUCCAAGCUGAGAAUCAAGCCUCUCUGUGAUAUCACAUCUGCCCAGAUUGGCAACAUUGCCAAGGGCACUGCUCUACUCACAUACUCCAAGCCCCUGCCUCCCCCCUACGGCCCCAAGAUGAUCACCAGUACCUCUCGAGAGUGUUGGGUGGUUCCUCGGCUGGGAGCUGCUAUUGGCUCUGGAGGCACUGGAUGGGAUCUGCCUCCUAUUAAGGUGAAACAGGAGAAGAAGGGUAGCCAGUGGGUUACCUUGUAA